AUGAAACCAUUUCAAUUGAUGAAUCAGCUUAUUUCAUGGAUAUCCCAAGAAAAAGGAUCUUUUGCAAAUCUAUCUGAGGACUCAUUAUUAGAAGAAAUUGAAAGUUUACAAAAGAAAAAAGAAGCAAGUAAUGAUAUGCCCAUGCGAUCUACAGUUAUUGGCGAUAUAGGAACUGAAUACUUUUCCAAUCAAAUAUCUAAUAAAAAUCUACAAGUUAUGGACGAGGAAAGUUUUGAAAAAGCUCGCCAAGAUCUUCGUUUAUUAAUAGAAAUAGCUCAAGGAGAAUCUGCACUUUCACAAGAUUUCAUAUCUCUUUUAAUGUCUGGAUUGAAACCUGCGUCUGGAACAACAUCAAUGUCACCAUAUUUAAGAGCAAAUGUCCCAAAUGGAUCUUUAAAUGCUGAUAGUUCAAAGUCUAUGAUUAAUGGAGAUGAUCCUCUUGUUUCUGCUGGUUGGAAGUUAGAAUCGUUGGAUAAUGCUGCUAAUGAUUUAAAAGCAGCAGCUCAAAAGUUGAAUGAAGAAACUUCAAAAGAAGUACUUUAUUGGAAAUCAAUUUUAACUGUUGUUUCUAAAGGAGAAAUUUUGUUCAAAAUUAGAAAGGGUGAUCUACGGGAUUUAAGUAUAAAAUAUGGAUUUGAUGAUUCUGGGUCCCAAUAUCAAGAUAAAGGAAUAGCAGUCUUGAAACGAGAAAAUAAAGGGUCGUUGUCAUUUCAAACAGAAGUUUCAAAGCGUACUAAAGUUGUUAAAGUAACUUUAUUUCAAAUUUUGGGUGGAGAGAGGAUUAAAGUUGGAGUUUCUUCCUCAAUUUGUGGAGUUGGUAUAUUAUCUGAAGAAGAGGGAAAUGUUGAAACAGAUAUCAAAAAUGCUCGAAAUCUUCUUUUUGAAGAAGAGCUAUUUCAUCAAAUGACUAUGGAAGCGCGGGGUCUUGCUUCACACAGAGUUCAAGUAGUCGAUCAUAAAAUUAUUAUCAAUUUAUAUGAUGAGAUUCUUGAAGUAGAAUACACUGAUAUUAAUAACACUAACUUGGAUAUCGGAAAAUCUGUAAAAUACUCAACCAGAGCUAAUUAUAUAUGUGCGGUUUUCCGAAUACUGUUAUCAAAUCUUCAUCGGCGAAAUUUACAGAAACGACGUCAGUUACCGGUAAAUAUUAUUACAAAUGAUUUAUCAAAAAAAUCUGGAGUGUAUAUUUUACAACCUUUAAUAGCACACGUUCUUCAUGAAAAGAUUAUGAAAAGAACCAGGAAAGCUCUUGAACUUUUGGUACAAACUUCAUUGGGUGAAAUUGACACGAGCAAACCAAUUACAAUAGAACAAGAGUCUGUAAGCCCACGAAUAUCGGGCUCUUUCCCGUCUACUAAAGCGUCUCCAAAUAAUACAGCAACUCGCAGUACACUAUAUUUAGGCAGACUUGCUGUUCAACCGGCAUCUAACAUCACUAUUAGCAUUCCAGAAAAGUUUGUUAUAGUAGUGGCUGUUGGAUCACCGCUACAAUGGCACGCUCCACUUUACAGCGUUUUAUCUUAUCAAUGGUCUUCUCCGGAUAGGGUUAUGUCAACAAGUGGCUUUCAUGAUUUGUCAGACUUGUCGGAUUGGGUUAAAUGGGUUUUUGAUUACAGGCAGGGUAACUGA